AUGGGAAUCAUCAACAAUUUGAAGACCUUCUAUCUUGCAAAAUUAGUUAAUCACAUCCUUGAAGCUAUUGAAGACAUUUUGCUGAGCUCAUCGUCAACAGUCAGAGAAAUCUGUACUAAGGUCAACAUUCUACAAGCUAUCACAUUUGUGGCUGAUAGCUGCGACGAAGAGCAAUCCUACAUUCCUGAUGACAAGGACGAUAGUUUCCUACGAUUAUGUUUCCCUUGCAGGUUUGUAUUGGCUCUUAUGGGAUUUUUGUGUUUCUUUGUUCAAAGUUCGAUGAGAGUAUGCAUAAGUAUCGCCAUUGUCGCCAUGGUAAAUUGGUCUGCGGUAAAUAAAAAGCGUGAUACAGCCCAGGAAGCCGUUCAAAAGUGCGAGUAUCCAGGAGAAAGCGAAAGAAGCAACGAUGAGGACGGACCCUUCGAGUGGGAUGCUACUACGCAAGGACAUAUCCUCGCCGCUUACUUUUAUGGAUACGCUGCUACGCAGAUGCUGAGCAUCCGCUUUGCGAAUACCCUUCGUUGCAAGUACAUCAUCUUUACUGGUACAGUGUUGGCCUCUGGUAGUACGAUCUUGAUACCUACUGCGGCUAAGUAUGACCCGUUUCCUGUGAUAAUUGCGCAGAUUAUCAGAGGACUUGGCGGAGCUGGUUUGGCGUUUUCUUUGCUUUGGUUAUUUUUAAUAUUUGAAAAUCCGAAACAGCACCCUUUCAUCACAAGAGCAGAGCUGAACAAGUUAACACCAUUAGAAAGUCAAUUAGUUCCACCAUCUAGGUAUCUUGUUGCAGCACAAGCAAUACUGACAUCAAAGACUAUUUGGGCAUACAUAGCGAUAGGAAUUUCUUCUGCUUGGAAUUUAUAUUUGUAUUCGUCAGUUCUACCGUUAUUUCUAGCCACGGUACUUAACUACAACAUUGAAAAGAAUGGAAUAUAUACUUCUGUGCCGUUCGUCUGCGAAACCAUAAUUUUUGUGGUGGCGUUAUAUUCUUUGGGUAGAGCAAUAAGAAGCGAAAGGCUUUUGCCUGCUGUACUGUUUAAAAUUUGGUCUUGUAUUG